GUACAGCGGAGAACCAGAAGAGGACGAGUCAAAAGAAAAGUGUCAAGGUACUUCAUUUGGGAAAAGAAACCAGACACUGCCGUUGACAGGAAUAAACACUGUCAAGACAAAAUAUGGCCGAGAAUCCAAAAGGCAGCUCUGGUGACUUUGCUAAAAAAGUCCAAAGACAGCUGAGCAGAAGCAAAGAAAAGGUACUGCAAAGGCUGGGAAAGACUGUGGAGAGCAAAGAUGACGAAUUCGAGCGUUCUCUCCAGCAGUUUAAUGACCAGCAGACUGAUGGGAACCGAAUGUACAAGGACUUGAGGAACUACAUUAAUGCAGUUAGAGAUAUGCGUGAGGCUUCAAGACGCCUUUCCCAGUCUCUGUUUGAUUCAUAUGAAACUGACUGGGCUGGAGAGGAAGAUUUAGGAGCCAUUGUAGAGGGGGAGGACCUCCUGUGGAAUGACUACGAGGUGAAGCUAUUAGACCAGUCCAUACGCACCAUGGAGUCCUAUGUGAGCCAAUUCCCAGAUGUCAGGGAGAAAAUAGCCAAAAGGGGAAGAAAACUGGUGGACUACGACUCUGCCCGUCACCACCUGGAGGCACUGCAGACUGCAAAGAAGAGGGAUGAUGUCAAGAUAAACAAGGCAGAAGAGGAGAUGAAUGCUGCCAAAAGUGUCUAUGAGGGAAUCAACAAUGACUUAAAAGAAGAGCUGCCUGCACUCUAUGAAAGCCGUAUUGGAUGCUACGUCUCAGUCUUCUCAGCUCUAUCAAAUUUAAGAGACAUCUUCCAUAAGGAAAUGAGCACGCUCAGUCUUGAUCUGCAUAAUGUGAUAAAGGAGCUGCAGGCUCAGCAUCCGGACAAAAUGUUUGCUGUAAAGGGACUGCAACGGUACGGCUCCCUGAAGAGACGAUCUCUGAUGUCCCCUAAGGCCUGGAAAGCCAGCUUUUCUGAGUUUCACAAGAGCUAUAGUCCCAGACCUGGCCAGAGGUUUAGUUUCAGGUCCCCUGACAGAUCUCGCCAGGGUACUCUGUCCAGAGAGAGCAGCACCCUUGCGGUCUCCCCGCAGUCACCUCUUCUGGAGAGCCCCACCUCUGAGUCCAGGGACCUGGAUGCAGAACCGAGCCACAGUGAGAUCUCAUCUGCAGAAGAAGACACUGCAGCAGGGACGGCUAGAAACGAGUUGGGAGAAGACGGCAAUCAGGUGGAAGAGGAGGACAGGAAGGAAGAGGAGUCUGAGCCUAAGCCACCUGCAGAGUCUGAAAAUAAGGGAGAUGUUGAGAAAGCUCCACCAAGUGAGAGCAGCUCUGAACUGAACAACUCCUGUGAUUCAGAGAGCUUGGAGCUCCAGCUGUCAGCAGCAACUGACGGCCCGCUGCACAUUGAAGAAAGAGAAGACAGCCCGGUAGCCUUCAACCCUCCUAAACCAAACGGACUGGAGAAUGGUGAAGUUUCUAAGGACCUGAGCAACAAGGAUGCUCCUGCAGAGAAACAGGCAACUCCGGACUCAAAAAGCACAACGGUUUAAUGUAUUCAAACUUUAAUAGAAGAGAAGCACAGAAGAGAUUGAAGUCAACAGCUGCACAAGAGAGAAAAAAUGUGGAGACAGCCGCACUGAAGUGUCCAUCUGUGGUGUCAGGAAUGAUGUGCUAUGCAUUGACGUGUCGGUGCUAGUUUUCUUAUUUAUCUUUUAUUGAAAUCAGCUGUGGAUAGACUACACCAUAUAGGUAAAUCUUCAUCUGUAAUAUUUUUGUAACAGCAAUGCUUUAUCUCAAUUAUCCUCUCAAGAAGUAUAGAUACAUGUGUACAUGUCAUUUUUGGAGCAAACAUUGUCCCACAGAUUCCAUUAUAUUCUGCACCAAACAGGUUAUAAUCAGAUAAGUUAUCUCAUGUGUCUAAUGUCAGCAAACACACAUGCACUUAUAGGUUUACAAAACUGUCCUGCAGUAUAGCUCACCAUAUGCAGACAUACUGUACUGUGGUCUCAGUUUAGAAAGGAACUGAGAUCAACUCCAUUCUCAUGUAACCACUUAACCUAAAGACUGAAAGUAAAUAGAAGUUUCAAUGAUUUUCUUUUCUUCUAUUUCUAUCUAUUUUAUUUCUUAACCAGUUUUGUUGGCAGGGAUUCAUUUUUUGAAUCUUUUAAUCUUUUUCACUCGCACAAAGACGUGAUCUGCUAAUUAGUUGUGCACUGAGAAGAUAAAUCAUUGUGUAAUUCUGAACAUUUUUUGGUUCACAUUUAUACUCAUUUGUUUGAUUUUAAUCAUUUACAACACACACACCCUCAAGGGUACAGCUAAUAGAUGGACAUCUGUAUAAAAUAAAUGAUGAAUGUAAAACUGAA